AUGGCAGAGUUUGGCUUGUCGCUCUUGCCGAAGGCUGUGGCAAGGUCGGGUUCAGCCUCGUUCGCGGCAGGGGUUGCAAAUCCUGGGCCUUUGUUGCUUGUCCUCGGCGUUGCAACUUUGGGCCCCGCACUGCCACUGCAUGGUGUAAGUUGUGCCGGGGUGGCAUCAUCGGUUUUUGACUGCGUCUCCCUUGGCUCGUCACUGCUUCUGCAGGGGCGGGCUCGUGUGGACUUGCUGCUGUCAGCAGCUGAUGCCGUUGCACCCGGUUCGCCACUGUUGCUGCAAGGUGUCUCCUGCACGGGCUCGGCUCUUCCAGCUCCGGGCGCCACAACACCAGAGUUGCCGCCGCCUCUGCACAGCUACGCGUGCAUUGGUCCGUCCUUGCCCGCGCUCGCAGAAGCCUCGUUAGAAUUGCCCCUGCUGCCGCAAGGUGCUGCUCGCUCGGGGUCCGCACUUUUCGUGUCAGACAUGGCCCACUGUGAUCUUCCGUUGCUGGACCCAUUGCCUUCAGUGCUGGACAUGGCACAGUUUGGCUUGUCGCUCUUGCCGAAGGCUGUGGCAAGGUCGGGUUCAGCCUCGUUCGCGGCAGGGGUUGCAAAUCCUGGGCCUUUGUUGCUUGUCCUCGGCGUUGCAACUUUGGGCCCCGCGCUGCCACUGCAUGGUGCAAGUUGUGCUGGGAUGGCAUCAUCGGUUUUUGACUGCGUCUCCCUUGGCUCAUCACUGCUGCUGCAGGGGCGGGCUCACGUGGACUUUCUGUUGUCAGCAGCUGAUGCCGUUGCACCCGGUUCACCACUGUUGCUGCAAGGUGUCUCCUGCACGGGCUCGGCUCUUCCAGCUCCGGGCGCCACAACACCAGAGUUGCCGCCGCCUUUGCACAGCUACGCGCGCAUUGGUCCGUCCUUGCCCGCGCUCGCAGCAGCCUCGUUAGAAUUGCCCCUGCUGCCGCAAGGUGCUGCUCGCUCGGGGUCCGCACUUUUCGUGUCAGACAUGGCCCACUGCGAACUUCCGCUGCCUCUGCAAGGUGUUGCCUAG